AAUUAGGUAAGUUGUACUUGGUUAUUCUUGUUGGUCGUCCGUCGGGAUCGGUGUACACAAGCAGACGGAGUUCAAGUACAGCCAAAAUGUUACGUAUUCCAGUUCAGAGGAUUUUUGCGAAUUCCUUGCGGAUAACAAUCUUUAGAGAUUGUAAAGAUCCUUCUGUUUGUCCUAAAGUUCUGAGAUGUUAUUCGACACAGGCGGUGACAAAAGAAGACUCAAAUGCAGCUGUGACCGAAAAACAAACAGAGGAAACUCGAAUUAAGAAGAGCCGACCGUUGACAAAUACACCAUUCAUUAGAGAGCUCUUUCUGGGGAGGUUUGCUAAAGAGACAUUAGUUUAUCCUGAAAUGACUAAAGAAGAAUUGGAAAAUCUUAAUCAAAUGGUACAACCAGUGGAAAAAUUCUUCAACGAGGCAUUGGAUUCCAAAAGUAUUGAUGUAAAUGCAAAGAUUCCGGAUGAAGUUUUACAGAGUUUAAAAGACCUUGGACUCUUUGGACAACAGAUUCCUGAGGAGUAUGGGGGACUUGGACUGAAUGCUACUGAGUUCGCUCGCCUGGCUGAGAUCACUGCCUUGGAUGGGUCAAUAGCAGUCACACUGGCUGCUCAUCAGUCAAUAGGCUUAAAGGGCAUAUUGAUUGCUGGAAAUGAUGAACAGAAAGCUAAAUACCUACCUAAACUGGCCACGGGGGAACACACAGCCGCCUUCUGUCUAACUGAGCCCUCCAGUGGCAGUGAUGCGGCCUCCAUUCAGACCAGAGGUACACUGUCAGAGGAUGGGAAGACAUUUCUGUUGAACGGAGGAAAAAUCUGGAUCUCCAACGGAGGAAUCGCAGACAUAUUUACUGUGUUUGCUAAAACAAAAGUCAUGGUAGAUGGUGUAGAGAAGGACAAAGUGACAGCUUUUAUUGUGGAGCGAGCUUUUGGAGGAGUCACGAGUGGAAAACCCGAGGACAAGUUAGGGAUCCGUGGAUCUAACACAUGUGAGGUUCAUUUUGAGAACACCCCUGUUCCCUUAGAAAACGUCCUUGGUGAGGUCGGUGGAGGGUUCAAGGUGGCCAUGAAUAUUUUAAACAGUGGCCGGUUCAGCAUGGGAAGUUCUGGGGCUGGAAUCCUCAAAAAGCUAAUUGGAAUGACGUGCGAGCAUGCCGUCACUAGGAAACAGUUUGGGGCCCCACUCUCAGAGUUUGGGCUAAUUCAGGAAAAGUUUGCUCAGAUGACGAUUACGACGUAUGCGAUGGAGAGCAUGGCUUACCUGACUGCAGGAACACUGGAUCUUCAUGAGAAACCUGAUGUCUCAUUAGAAGCUGCCAUAGUCAAGAUAUUCAGUUCUGAGGGAUGCUGGACGUGUGUUAACGAAUGUCUACAGAUCCUGGGAGGACUAGGCUACAUGAAGGACUACCCUUACGAGCGUUAUCUCAGGGAUGGGCGAAUAUUGAUGAUAUUUGAGGGUACCAAUGAGAUUCUACGACUCUUUGUUGCUCUAGAAGGAAUGAAGUACGCAGGAAAAGAAUUAACACAGGCUCUCAAGGUAUUAAGAAAUCCUUGGCAGAACCCAGGGGUGGCCUGGAAAACCUUUAAGAAAGGAUUGAAGCAAAAAUUAAAGAAGAAACCAGAAAGUAAAAUAUUAAUCCCACAACCACAGAAUUCAACACUUCAACUUCUGUUAUCUCUGCACAACACACUACAGAUAGAGGCCCAAAAUCUAGAAGGUUGCACCCUAGCAUUUCAGAAUGUGGUAGAGCAUCUUCUAGUCACGCAUGGAAAGGACAUAGUGAAUGCUCAGAUGGACCUGGCUAAGGUCGCCAACAUUGUGAUAGAUAUCUAUGGAAUGACAGCUUGUAUAAGCAGAUCUAACAGGUCUUAUUGUCUUGGACUACAGAACGCAGAUCAUGAGAUUCUUCUAACAAAGGCUUUUUGUAAGGAUGCCAUGAAGAGAAUUCAAACAAAUAUUACAGAGAUAUAUGAUGGACCAGUGAAGAACAAUUCCGAGAAUUAUGAGCACAUCGCUCAGGCUGUGUUUAAACAUGGCGGCUACGCUGCGGCUCACCCACUGGAAAGAAUGUGGUGAAUCACAAAGUCAUGUGACCUGAUCAUGUGACCUACUUAAUGGCCUAUAUCACUGGCUAUUCAAACAAACACUUUCAGAGAUACUGAGUGACGGAACAUUCUACAUUAAUGACUUCUUUUCUCUUGAAAACUGUGAUAUUUAGAGGGAGAACAAAUAAUAAGACGGUUGUAUUAAUUUGUGUAUAUAUAAGUUAUUAAAAUCAUGUUUUUCAUUA